AUGUCUUGGACGAGUGAGGCCGCGGCGAGCUCCUUGCGCGGAGGGCGCCUGUGCGCCGACCCAGGCCAGAGCAGCCGUCCUCGGUGCCGAUUCCUGGAGGCCUCUCGGCUAGAGCGGCCCGUCCAGCUCGCCUGCUCCCGGCUAGAGCGUCGCUUCCGCGUAGAGCCGCGUGUGACCUUCCCGCCUGCGGAGCUAUGCUGCCGGCAGCGGCGGCGGCGGCGAGCCGCCUCCCGGCUGGCGGGGCUGGCCCCGGCGGAGGCGGGCUGCGCAAGGCGCCGUGUGUGCCCUCGGGUCUCUCCGUCCCCCUUCUGCGGGUCUAACGCCUGUUUGCCGGGGGGCGCUAGGCAACAGGUCCCCGGUGUCUGUGCAGCGCGGCAGUUGAGCAGCAGCAGCCAGCGAAGGAGUGAAGCUCUCGCCGGUGCCCCUCUGGAUAAUGCUCCCAAGGAAUAUCCCCCCAAGAUCCAGCAGCUGGUCCAAGACAUUGCCAGCCUCACGCUCCUGGAGAUUUCAGACCUCAACGAACUCCUGAAGAAAACAUUGAAGAUCCAGGAUGUCGGCCUUAUGCCUAUGGGUGGCAUGAUGCCUGGUGCAGUCCCUGCUGCAGCAGCAGCAGCCCCUGAGGUGGCUGAGGGAGAAGACAUCCCUAAACAGAAAGAGCGGACACACUUCACUGUUCGCCUAACAGAAGCAAAACCUGUGGACAAAGUGAAACUGAUCAAAGAGAUCAAGAACUAUGUCCAGGGCAUAAACCUUGUGCAGGCCAAGAAGCUAGUGGAGUCCCUGCCCCAGGAAAUCAAAGCAAACGUCGCCAAAGCCGAGGCGGAAAAGAUCAAAGCAGCCUUGGAAGCAGUGGGUGGCACUGUAGUUCUGGAGUGACACUCUCUUUCUGAGGACUUUCGGACUGGGGUCCCUGGGACCUGGGCAAAGGCCUGCUCACCCCUGCUUCACUCCCAGGUGGCUUGUUGGGAGCAACAGCUGCUGACACUUGGUGACCGAAUUCUCCUGGGAGAGGGACAGGAUGGACCUACUGUGAUGGGGAGGGGCAGUUUACAGCCUGUGCAGACUCUCAAGAGAUUGCCUUGAGAUGCUAUAAAGUGAACACGCCCCUGGCGGCGACUAAGAGAGUACACUGUUGAGGCUG